AUGCCCGGGAACAGGGCCUUCUCUGAGCCGGAGUACUCGGCCGAGUACUCGGCUGACUACUCGGUCAGCUCAUGCCUCUGCCUGCCACGUUUCAUGCGGCUCACCUUCGCCCCCGAGUCCCUGGAGAACCUCUACCAGACUUACUUCCGCCGGCAGCGCCACGAGACCCUCUUGGUGCUGGUGGUCUUCGCUGCCCUCUUCGACUGCUAUGUCAUUGUCAUGUGUGCCGUGGUCUACACCACGGACAAGCUGGCCCCCAUCCUGGUGGCCUCCGUGGGCCUGGCCGCCGAUAUCUUGCUCUUCGUCCUAUGCAAGUACGGGCUCCUGCCGGACCGCAUCUCCCGCAAGUUCCUGCCCUAUGUCCUCUGGAUUCUCAUCGCUGCCCAGAUAUUCUGCUACCUGGGCCUCAACUUUUCCCACUUCCACGAGGCCAGUGACACAGUGGGCUGGCAGGCCUUCUUCGUCUUCUCCUUCUUCAUCACCUUGCCCCUGCGCCUCACGCCCAUCGUGCUCAUCACGGCCGUCUCCUGCGGCAUCCACACCCUGGUGCUGGGGGUCACCAUCGCUCAGCAGCAGCAGGACUCCAUCAACGGAGAGGCCUUGCUACGGCAGAUCCUGUCCAAUGUCGCCAUCUACCUGUGCGCCAUCACGGUGGGCAUCAUGUCCUACUACAUGGCAGAUCGCAAGCACCGCAAGGCCUUCCUGGAAGCACGGCAGUCUCUCGAGGUCAAACUCAACCUGGAGGAACAAAGCCAGCAGCAGGAACGGCUGAUGCUUUCCAUCCUGCCCAAGCACGUGGCAGAUGAGAUGCUAAAGGACAUGAAGAAGGACCCAAGCCAGAAAGAGAUGCAGCAGUUUAACACCAUGUACAUGUACCGCCAUGAGAAUGUCAGCAUCCUCUUUGCUGACAUAGUUGGCUUCACCCAGCUGUCGUCCUCCUGCAGCGCCCACGAGCUGGUGAAGCUGCUAAACGAGCUCUUCGCCCGCUUCGACAAGCUGGCCGCGAAACACCACCAGCUGCGCAUCAAGAUCCUCGGAGACUGCUAUUACUGUAUCUGUGGGCUGCCGGACUACCGCGAGGACCACGCCGUCUGCUCCAUCAUGAUGGGACUGGCUAUGGUGGAAGCCAUAUCCUACGUGCGAGAGAAGACCAAAACGGACGUGGACAUGCGGGUGGGGGUCCACAGCGGCACGGUGCUGGGUGGCGUGCUGGGCCAGAAGCGCUGGCAGUACGACGUGUGGUCCACAGACGUCACGGUGGCUAACAAGAUGGAGGCCGGCGGCAUCCCAGGGCGUGUACACAUCUCCCAGAGCACCAUGGACUGCUUGAAAGGGGAGUUCGAGGUGGAGCCCGGUGAGGGGGGGACAAGGUGCGAGUACCUGAAGGAGAAGGGGAUCGUCACGUACCUCAUCGUGGUGCCCAAGCAGCCCCUCAAGAAUGGGAUCAAUGGACUGUCCCUGACGUCCUCCCAUGGGAACUCCCCGCUGCUGAUCAACACCAAGGAGUGUAACGGCAGCAUCAACACCACCUGCACCACGCCCGACGAGGCCGAGGAGCUGGACACCAGGGUGGUGAACCCCUCCUUCCCCAACCCCCGGCGCCGGCUGCGCCUGCGCGACCUGGCUGAGAGAGUCGUCGACGCCUCGCAGAACGAGCAGGAGCUCAACAACCUGCUCAACGAAGCCCUGCUGGAGAGGGAGUCUGUGCAGGCGCUGAAGGGGAAAUACACCUACCGCCUCUCCAUGCGCUUCAUCAACCCGGAGAUGGAGACGCGCUACUCCGUGGAGAAGGAGAAGCAGAGCGGGGCCGCCUUCAGCUGCUCCUGCGUGGUGCUCUUCUUCACCGCCCUGGUGGAGAUCUUAAUCGAUCCCUGGCUGGUGGCCAAUUAUGUGACGUUUGUAAUUGGAGAAAUCCUGCUGCUCAUCCUGACUCUCUGCUCUCUGGCAGCCAUUUUCCCCAGGGUAUUUCCCAAAAAACUCGUAGCCUUUUCCACUUGGAUCGAUAGGACCCGGUGGGCCCGGAACACAUGGGCCAUGUCGGCCAUCUUUAUCCUCACCAUGGCCGACAUCGUGGAUAUGCUCAGCUGCCUGCAGUUCUACUCCAGCACCAGCAACACCACCGCAGGGACCCUGCUGGCAGGGGGCUGCGUGGAGGACCCCAAGUAUUACAGCUUCAUUGCCGUGCUGGCCCUCAUCGCCACCAUCAUGCUGGUGCAGGUCAGCCACAUGGUCAAGCUCACCCUGAUGGUCAUGAUCACCGGGGCAGUGGGCGUGGUCAACAUCUAUGCCUGGCAGCAGAUCUUCGACGAGUACGAUAAGGAACGCUUCAAGGAGAACGUGUCCGCCCUGGUCCCCUCCAAGUACUCCAUGACAGUGAUGGUCUUCAUCAUGAUGCUCAGCUUCUACUACUUCUCUCGCCACGUGGAGAAGCUGGCCAGGACGUUGUUCCUGUGGAAGAUCGAUGUCCAUGACCAGAAGGAGCGGGUGUACGAGAUGAGGCGCUGGAACGAGGCUCUGGUCACCAAUAUGCUGCCGGAGCACGUGGCCCGGCAUUUCCUGGGCUCUAAGAAACGGGACGAGGAGCUGUACAGCCAGUCGUACGACGAAAUCGGCGUCAUGUUUGCCUCCCUCCCAAACUUUGCUGACUUCUACACGGAGGAGAGUAUCAACAACGGCGGGAUCGAGUGCCUGCGCUUCCUCAACGAGAUCAUCUCGGACUUCGACGCGCUCCUGGACGAUCCCCAGUUCCGAAGCAUCACCAAGAUUAAAACUAUUGGAAGCACCUACAUGGCUGCUUCUGGAGUGACCCCCGAUGUCAAUACCAAUGGCUACAACACCACCAUAAAGAAAGAGGAGCUCUCAGAGAAGGAGCGUUGGCAGCACUUAGCUGAUUUGGCCGACUUUGCCUUAGCCAUGAAAGUGACCCUGAUGAACAUUAACUACCAGUCCUUCAACAACUUCAUGCUCCGAAUAGGCAUGAAUAAAGGGGCAGUGCUGGCAGGAGUGAUCGGCGCCCGCAAACCACACUACGACAUUUGGGGGAACACGGUGAACGUGGCCAGCAGGAUGGAGUCAACGGGCGUGAUGGGGAACAUCCAGGUGGUGGAGGAGACCCAUCUCGUCCUGAAGGAGUACGGCUUCCGCUUUAUGCGCCGGGGGGCCAUCUACGUCAAAGGCAAAGGGGAGUUGCUGACCUUCUUCCUGAAGGGCCGGGAGAAGCAGGGCUCUUUCGUCAAUGGCUCCUCAGUGACUCUUCCACACCAGGUGGUCGACAGCUCAUGA